UAUUUUUUGUUUCAGUGUUCCAGAUUUUGGAGAAUGUUGCAACCAGAAAAAACAUGGAUAAACUUGAUGAAUAUGUUAGUGUUGCCAUCGAUUUGGCUAAACAAGCUGGACAAAUGAUUCUGGAAUGGCAUCGUAAAGGUUCAUUUGAAGUGAAUAUUAAAUCGAGUGAAAGAGAUUUAGUCACCGAAGCUGACAUUCAAAUUGAACGCUUUAUAUUUGAUUCAUUAAAACAACGUUAUCCCGAUCAUAAAUUUAUCGGAGAAGAAAGUGUUGCUGGUUCGCAAAACACUUUAACUACGAAUGAGCCAACAUGGAUUGUUGAUCCAAUCGAUGGAACAAUGAAUUUUGCGCAUUUUUCCCCUUGGUGUUCAGUAUCGAUUGGUUUGGCAAUUGAGAAGCAAUUAGUAUUGGGCGUUAUUGAUUGUCCACAUUUGCGACGAACAUACAGUGCUAUCAAAAAUGGUGGUGCUUAUUGUAAUGGUCGUCCGAUACGGGUAUCAUCAAUCCGGACGGUGGAAAAAGCUUUGAUAGAAAGCGAUUUACCAAUUGGUUCAAAGCAACAUUCAGGUUCUGCUCGUCAGUUAUUCGAUGCUAUUCAUUGGAAAUGUCAAGGAUUUCGUUCGAUUGGAUCAUGCUGUGUUAGUAUGUGUUUGGUUGCUGACGGUUCAGCUGACUGUUAUUUUAUGAUGGGCUUAAAAAUCUGGGACAUGGCAGCCGGUUAUGUUAUCAUUACGGAAGCCGGUGGUUUUAUUUGCAAUAUUAAUGGCCAGGAUUUUGAUCCUAAUCAAGGAAAAUUAAUUGCUGCCAGUAAUCCGGAUCUAGCUAAAGAAAUUGUCAAUCGUAUUCGAUAUUCUAAACAACAAUCAAAUUAAAGUCAAAUUAAUAAAGUAUUUAAACACACAAAA